UAAAAAUUGAAAGAAAUCUCGCGCUUUCUCGCUCCACUGUCGCUCUCAAUCUCGAACUGAAACAAGUCUGCUAAAAACCCUAGUUCCUGUGGUGAGGAAUGGAAGUAGACGAGGAGAAUAGUGUUUCAACUUCAGUUACAGAGCCUAUGACCGUAGAAGCUGAUGGUAAUCAGACUGUGGUAUCUGGAGUUGGCGGAAUUUCUCUUCAACCAGUCACUGCUAGUGUACCACCUACAAUUCCACCUCCUCCUGUUAUUCCUAGUAUUGCUUCAGGACCAAUUGUGCCUCCUUCAAUUCCACGACCAUUGGCGCCUAUCCCUGUUCGUCCUCCUGUAUUAAGACCGCCAGUGGCACAAAAUGGAGAGACUAGGGGGAGUGGAUCUGAUUCCGAUGAGGAUGAAGCAGGACCCAGUCGUGGUACUACUGGGGCAUCUGCUGAAUAUGAGAUUUCAGAAGAAAGCAGACUGGUUAGAGAACGGCAGGAGAAAGCCAUGCAGGAACUUCUGAUGAAGCGACGUGCUGCUGCUCUGGCUGUGCCUACAAAUGACAUGGCUGUUCGAGCUCGUCUUCGCCGGCUUGGUGAGCCAAUUACCCUGUUUGGAGAGAGGGAGAUGGAAAGACGGGAACGUUUGCGGAACCUUAUGGCAAAGCUUGAUUCAGAGGGUCAGUUGGAGAGGCUGAUGAAGGCUCAUGAGGAUGAAGAAGCUUCUGGUUCUGCUACACAAGGGGAGGGACUUGAGGAAGAUAUUGAAUAUCCCUUCUACACUGAAGGGUCAAAAGCGCUUCUUGAUGCUCGAGUAGACAUUGCUAAGUAUUCUAUUGUAAAGGCAGCUUUGCGUCUUCACUGUGCAAGGAGAAAAAGAGAUGAUCCUGAUGAAGACUUGGAUGCUGAAAUAGAUUGGGCGUUGAAGCAGGCGGGGAACCUGGUACUUGAAUGCAGUGAAAUUGGAGAUGACAGACCCCUUUCAGGUUGCUCCUUUUCAUGUGAUGGAAAGAUGCUUGCCACCUGUUGUCUAAGUGGAGUUGCAAGGACAUGGAGCAUGCCUGAGGUAAAGAAGGUGUCAACCUUGAAGGGACAUACAGAACGAGCUACAGAUGUGGCAUUUUCUCCCACCGGAGACCAAUUGGCAACAGCUUCUGCUGACAGGACUGCCAAAUUGUGGAACAAAGAAGGAUCUCUUUUGAACACAUACGAGGGCCAUCUGGAUCGCCUCGCGCGUAUUGCAUUCCAUCCAUCUGGAAAGUACUUGGGAACAGCUAGCUUUGACAAGACUUGGAGAUUAUGGAAUGUGGAGACUGGUGAAGAGUUACUCCUCCAAGAAGGUCACAGUAGGAGUGUGUAUGGAAUCUCCUUUCAGAAUGAUGGUUCCUUGGCAGCGUCAUGUGGACUGGAUGCGCUUGUUCGGGUUUGGGACUUGAGGUCUGGAAGAAGCAUUCUUGCCCUGGAAGGCCACGUUAAGCCUGUUCUUGGUGUCAGUUUUUCUCCAAAUGGUUAUCAUUUGGCCUCAGGUGGCGAAGAUAAUACUUGCAGAAUAUGGGACUUGAGGAAGAGAAAAUCUCUAUACGUAAUACCUGCUCACUCCAACCUUAUAUCUCAAGUAAAAUUUGAACCUCAAGAAGGGUACUUUUUGGUUACAGGUUCAUAUGAUACUACGGCUAAGGUGUGGUCAUCAAGAGAUUUUAAGCCCAUCAAGACACUGUCUGGGCAUGAAGCUAAAGUGACGUCACUGGAUGUCGUAGGAGAUGGACAAUAUAUUGCAACCGUUUCACAUGAUCGCACCAUUAAGCUUUGGUCUGGAAGAAACAGUGAGAAAGAGAAGACGAUGGAUGUCGAUUGAUUGAGAUAGUGGAAUGAGCAAAGCAUGUGCUGCUGUUAGUGUGGAAGCUUGGGCUGCAUAUUUUGACAUACAUUGGCAAAUAGGGGCUCUCUUGCCCUUUAAACAUGCUUGAUAUACGUGUUUUUAUCCUGAGGCAAUCAAUUUUGUCAUCUAAUGUUUUUGUC